AUGCGUUUCUCUCCCCUCGCGGUGCUCGCAGGGUUAACAGCCUUGGUGCACGCCGAGGAAGAAGCCAACCCGGUCACGGAUCCCACUACUUUCAAUGGAGUCUCAGUUCCUCCGUUGCUUGAGUUGUCGCCUACAACUUGGGAGGAGGAGCUCAAGAAGAACAAGUUUCUGAUGGUUAAGCACUUCAGCCCGUACUGCAAACACUGCACCCACUUUGCUCCGACGUACCAGACCCUGUACGAGUUCUACUAUACCUCGAAACCCCAAGCCGACGGCGUCGAUAAGUCCUUCUCAGAGUACUACGACUUCAAAUUCGCCGUCAUUAACUGCGUUGCUUACUAUGAUCUCUGCAUGGAUCAUAAUGUCAUGUCAUACCCGACUACAAUCCUCUACGGAGACGGAAAGGAGAUCCAGAACAUGAGAGGCAUCAAGAACAUGACUGUGUUGAGUAGUGCGAUCGAGAAGGCUCUUGCAGUUCCACACCCAGGUCGAGCUGAGAUCCUCGAACUCCCCGAGCCUGGCGACACAGUCUUCCCUAAACCCAAAACUGAGGAAACGACAGAGCUCCCCGAUGCUGAGAAGAAGGAACCAGAGAAGGAUCCCAAGGCGGCUGAGGAGAAGCCUGUCGGCGAAACCACCGAAAAGCCCCUGGAAAAGGCCGCUGAGAACGCGGCCGAGGAGCCCGCUGGUAAGGCCCCUGGCAGCUCGCUCGACGACAUCACCGAGACCCCCAAGGAGGCAGCCAAGGACGAGACGCCGGAAAGCCCCAAGGAGUCCACCGCCGCUAAGGAAGGCGAGAAGUCGUCAUUUGGCGAUGAUUGGAAAGUCCCCAGCACUGGUCAGAUGCUCAAGAAGACCAAGCCCAAGGACGCAACGCCGAAAUACAACCUGGAUGGUGUCAGCACCCCCUUGACUCCUGACACCUUCCCUAAACUUGUCACCAACACGAAGGACCCCUGGUUCAUCAAGUUUUACGCCCCUUGGUGCUCUCAUUGCAAGGCGAUGGCCCCUACUUGGGAACAGCUGGCCAAGAAGAUGCAGGGAAAGCUUAGCAUUGGUGAGGUCAACUGCGAAGCCGAUCACAAGCUUUGUAAGGAAAUGGGCGUCUCGGCGUUCCCCACCAUUCUGUUCAUGCAGGGCAAUGAACGAGCGGAGUAUAAGGGCCUUCGCGGUGUUGGUGACUUUGUUGAGUAUGCCGAGGGAGCGCUCGAGGUUUCUGGCGGCAUCCUUGAUGUGGAUGCUGCCUCCUUCGCUGAGCUUGAGAAGAGUGAGGAGGUUGUCUUUGUUUACUUCUAUGACCAUGCUACCACGACAGAGGACUUCAAGGCCCUGGAGGCUCUGCCGCUCAACCUCAUCGGGCGUGGCAAGAUUGUCAAGACGAACGACCCUGAGCUCUGCACCAAGUUUAAGAUUACGACCUGGCCUAGACUAUUGGUUUCGAGAGAAGGCCGUGCGACCUACUAUACUCCUAUCACCCCUGACGAGAUGAGAAAUGUUGAUGAGCUGGUUUCCUGGAUGAAGUCGACGUGGCUGCCGCUUGUCCCCGAGAUGACUGCCAUCAACGCCCGCCAGAUCAUGAACCACAGGCUCGUCGUGCUUGCUGUCCUCAACCGGGAGGAUGAAGGCCGAUUCCAGAACUCCAUUUUUGAGCUCAAGAACGCGGCCAACGAGUGGAUGGACCGUCAGGUUCAAGAGUUCCAGAUGGAGCGUAAGAAGCUCCGCGACGCCAAGCAGAUGAGGAUCGAGGAGGCCGAGGAGCGUGAUGACCAGCGUGCUCUUCGCAACGCCAAGGCCAUCAAGAUCGACAUGGACUCUACUCGCCGUAAGGAGGUUGGUUUCGCCUGGGUUGACGGAAUCUUCUGGCAGAGGUGGCUUGCCAGCACCUACGGCAUCGACGUCAGGGAUGGCGAUCGUGUCAUCAUUAACGAGGAAGAUCGACACCAGUUCUGGGACACGACUCCCACGGGUAACCACAUCAUGAUCAGCCACACAUCCAUCAUGGACACUCUGGACAAGAUUGUGUAUGGACCCAACCCCAUCUCUCCCAAGUACACCAUCAGCUCGUUCGCCAAGUUCUUCUUCGACAUCCAGAUGAGCUUUGUUGACCGCCCGUUCCUCUCGUGCAGCGUCGUCGUUGCCAUCUGCUUCGGCGUGUACUACUGGUUCCGCAACCGCACCCGACGGGCUCGUGGCACCUUUUUCCGCAUGGAUGAUUCACUGGGUCUCAAGGAUGGCUUGCUUGGCCAGAACGGCAACGCCAAGUCUGACUAA